AUGGGUCCUUAUAUGUCAUAACCUAAAACUGAUAAAAAAAUAAUAGCAGAUUAAUAAAAUGGUUAUUUGAAAUUCGCUAUGGUUGAUAUGCAAGGUUGGAGAAACACAAUGGAAGACGGUCAUAUAUCUGAUAUAAAUGUAGAUGAAGAAACUUCCAUAUUUGGAAUAUUUGAUGGACAUGGUGGACAUGAAGUAGCUAAAUUCGGAAAAGCUGAAUUAAUAAAAUUAAAAAAUAACAAAAUUAAUGAUUAAAAUAAUCACAAUAAUGAUUAUGAUGAAGAUUCUGUUGUAUAUGCAGGAUGUACAGCAAAUGUAGCUUUGAUUCAUAAAAAGUAAUUAUAUGUUGCAAAUUCAGGAGAUUCAAGGACAGUUAUUUACAAUAAAGGAAAUCCUAUAGAAAUGUCAAUUGAUCAUAAACCAGAUAAUCCAGAUGAGAAGUAAAGAAUUACAAAAGCUGGAGGAUUCGUAUCAGAUGGAAGAGUGAAUGGAAAUUUAAAUUUAUCAAGAGCCUUUGGAGAUUUUGAAUAUAAAAAAGGGUAAAAUGGAUGUAGACCUCAUGAUUAUAUUAUAACAGCAUUUCCAGAAGUUAAAACCAAACAAUUAACUAAUGAUGAUAAAUUUAUGUUAAUGGGAUGUGAUGGUAUUUGGGAAUGUAUGAAUAAUUAAGAUCUUGGAAAGUUCUGUUAAAGUAGAAUUGAAAAAAAUAUGAGCCUUAAAGAUAUUUUAGUCGAUCUUCUAGAUACUAUUCUUGCAAAAGAUACUGCUAGUAAUUUUUUUUUUUUUAAAUUAAUUCUUAUUUUAGAUGGUGUUGGAUGUGAUAAUAUGACUGCGAUUUUAGUUUAAUUUAAAUGA